GAAUUUCGCUCUUCUGCUCCUGUGGGGAGGAUGGCUCUGAAGACCGUGCCGGAGGACAUGCGGCAUCUGCGGGCUUGUUUGCUGUGUUCGCUGGUCAAGACUGUAGACCAGUUUGAAUAUGAUGGUUGUGAUAAUUGUGAUGCAUACCUUCAGAUGAAGGGUAACCGAGAGGUGGUAUAUGACUGCACCAGCUGUUCCUUUGAUGGAAUCAUUGCAAUGAUGAGUCCAGAGCACAGCUGGGUCUCCAAGUGGCAGCGAGUCAGUAACUUUAAGCCUGGUGUAUAUGCAGUGUCAGUCACUGGUCGCCUGCCCCAAGGAAUCGUGAGGGAGCUGAAAAGUCGAGGAGUGGCCUACAAAUCCAGAGACACAGCUAUAAAGACCUAGCAAGAUGUAUGGCUGCCAGUGUCUUUGCCACCGCCAACCUGCCUCUGCUUAUUUAUUGUUGUGAAACUAAAUGGACAGAGCUUCAAAUACUCCUCACUCUCCAAUUCUGAGGCUCAACAGACGGAUAAGAGAGCAGCACAGCGUGUUCCUGGGCCAUUUUCUUUUCUUUGGACUACUAGUUGGGGUAGUCGUGGUGUGGGG